AUGAGCGACGAGUACAAUCUGAGCAUCGACCUGAAGAAGACGGAGUUGCUGAAGGAUCGUUUGAAAGCCAUUGCCAAAGCUAUACAUAAUGAGUUCGGGUACUUUUGCCCAAGCGGUGGAGUGAAGGUCCCGCAGGACCGGUCCAGCGAAUUUUCGAGGACCAUAUGGAGCACACUUUACACAUCCUGGAGGAUGGAAGACUUUACGAGAUUGAAUGUUAAAAGUGUAUUGAACAUUCUCAAGAGGAACCCGUACGUCAUGGGGUCUGUAUACUUCCUCAUCAUUUUUACGUGUGUUUAUCUCUUAACGUUAUUUUUGUACACCAAAUUCUUUCGAAGGUUGAUUAAAUCUAUUCGUUGCAAAACGUGCACAAGGAAAAAACAUAGGAGGGAACAACAGGAGUGUGAAAAUAAAGAUAUAAUAGCAAAUGUGAAGAAGCGAUUCUUUAACAUUAUGACUUACGUGUCUUUGAGUGCGCUUCUGUGUGUGUUGAUGGGUUUUGGUAUAUGGUUUAUGGUUUCCUUUUUUAAGACCAGGAAUGGAAUUUAUAUGAAUGUGUGCAGCGCGUCUACUUCAAUUGAGAAUUUCCUGACCGACCGCUGUUCCGUGCAGGGCAAGGAUGUGGACGCGUCCUGCUACUCCCUCGAGCACAUCCUCACUGACACGGUGUCCAUCGUGGGGCAAUAUCAGGACAUCAAGAUGCAAAUACAGAAAGACAUGCUGGUGGGCGAGGACAAGUCGGUUCCCCUCCUCACAGGGUUCCUAACCGCAUUUGACAACCUGAAGAAGUUGCAGAGCAACGUGCAGAAGAACAACGCCAUAUUGGAGCAGCAGUACUUCCACACGUACCCUGUACUUACCAGGCUAGUGACCGUUCUCGACGUAGUAAUCCAGGAAGGACAGUUGAGUCUGCAGCAGUUGCAGGGGGCCCUGGAAGACGCAAAGCAAAGAGUUAAAGGAAGCUUCGAAGAAAUUGAUGAAGUGUUAGGAAAAACGUUAAGAGAAAAUAUGGACAAGGUGAAUGAAAAAAUUAUGCUAUUCAAUAAAUCCAUGGUCAAAAUAAUAAAUCAGUACAAAAUAAAACAGAGUAUAAAAAAGUAUACCAUCUCCAUCCUGAUUGUAAAAUUGAUCUUACUCAUUCCUCCUCUUCUCAUUCUUGUUGGACUAGUGGUGUUCAUAUACCUUUUGGUUAAAGGAGACGUAGCAAAUAGUAAUCAUUUUUUUUUAGACCUCUUUGGUGUGUUCAGUGCCUACUUUGGCUUCCUAACAAUUGUGAUUUUGUUAAUGGGUAUAAUAUUGCUGAGUACAUCCAUCUUGGGGGGAACUACUUGCAUCAUCGCUGAUAGGGUAUUAAAGAAUGAACUAAAUUUUGAGGCGUUCAAAGAUACCACAAUUGAUUACUGCUUGAAACAUGAAACCUCACCACUCCUAUCGGAGCACAUCACCAAAGAGGUUGUGGAUAAUAUGAAGUAUUUGGACACCAGGGCAAUGGAAAAGAAGGUGCUUGAUUAUGAUGCUUCUUUUAAAGAAAUGAAGAAAGAUUUUCAUGAAAACACACGAAAUUUUGUCAACUACAUGUGGGUCGUCAUUACAAAGCCAAACAACAACAUAUACGUCAAUGGAAUUGUGUUGGAAAAUCUUAGAAGGUCCCUCCUGGCAACCACCAUCACUCGGGAUAAUAUCAAAUUUGCCCAGUACAAUCUGUGGGGAACGGAUGAAUACUUAAAAUACUUGAAUCAAUAUUAUUUUGGUGAUAACCGAUUUGCCCUUUGUUUCGAAAAUGAAAACUGCGAGAGGGAUGUCGGUAAGUAUAACAUCAACUUUAAGUCCUCCAUUGAAGACGCCAAUUAUCAGGCGCUGAGGAAUGGCGUUAGACCAGGAUUGCGGAAGGAGGACCUAGACAAUGUGGUGAACCUAUUCAUAUACAAAUCCAAAAUCAGGAACGAAAAGAUGUUUUCUGUAGACGACCUGGACAGCAACAUGAAGGACAAAAUAGGCUGGAGCGAAUACACACCAAGGAUUAAAAAAAAUGGGGAUGCAAAUCAACAGACCUCCAUACUCAGUAAAUACCUUGUAGAAGAUAUUGAAAAUCUCAACUUCAACCAUGUCCUUACCUUCUUCGAAAAAAUUAAACAACAGUUCAUUACCCUAAGAGACAUGAUCAUUACCAAGGUUCAGCUGCUAGUCAAAAACACCAACUGCAGCAGAAUCGUUGGCGAACUCUACAACAUGAAGAACCUCUACUGUGACGGUGUCGUCCUCAACAUGACAAUUCUCUCCGUCGCGCUUAUCUCCUUCUCCAUCAUUUCAUUUUUCCUCUGGUACUUGUUUUUGUUUUUUUGGCUGUACUAUCAGAUGAAGAUGAUGUGA